UGAUUAGAGAGAUUCUACAUCUUGAUUUUGGAGAUUUUCUCCCUCCUAUUAUAUCUCUUGUUUUUCAUUUAUCCCACUAAAUACACUUACCAAUAAAUUCUCAAUAUUUUUCGAGCCAAUCUAAUUAUUUUGGUUAAGGAUAAACAUGUUAUGUGAUAAAAAAAUAUAAUUUCUUUUUUCAUUGGAUGUUAACAAUCAUAGUUACCAAACAAUGAACAUUUUCAAAUCUUUUUUAACAAUCCAGAGAGUUAAAAUCUUUGGAUUGUCUAUAAUCUAGAGAUUUACACUCCAAUUCUCCAAACCAGCCCUUUAGUCCAGUUUGAUUGUGGCCUGUGGGGGAGGGUAAAUGAGAAAAAAUGAAGGGAAAGCGGGUGGGAAGAUGGAGUCAAGCAAGGCACUCAAAAGUCAUCGCGCCUCCCAGGCAGCAGUCCAGUCUUUGGCCAAAAAAGCAAUUGGCCAAAACCCCCACCAAAAAUCCACAGCCAGCGGCAGCCAUUGUCGUUCCGUCUUUGACCCGAUGAAGAUUUUGAAUGAUUCAUAACUCUCCUGAAUCUUCCCUUUCACACCCAUCGCCAACGUAUACAUCCCUCACCUCUUCUUUUCCUCUCUCCCCUUUUAGUUUCGGUCGUGACCUUUCAUUUUUUCCAAACCUCCUUCUAUACGCAGCUGCCGGCCUCUUUCACACGUCCAUUGCAGAGUUCCUCCAUCAAAGUUUUGUUCUUGGAUCGGAUUCCCAGCUCGGGAUUCUUCAUUAUCUCAGGUGGGUCUUCGUUUUUGCCCUUCUCGAACCGAAUUCUGUAGACACUUUAGGUCGUCGACGUGUAGAAUUUUCAUUUCUUGAGUUAGUACUGUUGCAUCUAUGCUUGUGGAUUGGAUUAGAUUCCUUCAAAAUUUUCAUUUAUAACUUGCUGAAAUUUUCCCUCUUUCCAUGCUGAAUUUGCUUCAGGGGGUUUCUAUGAUUGUUUGAUUGGAGGGUUUUAGAGUUCGUGGUGGCGGUACUCAUGGACUUGAGAAGCUGUGAAAUGGAUGGUUGAGCAGCUUCUCUGACUAAAACUCAUUUGGGUUUCCUUUUCAACACGAUGAUCAAAAGUCAUAUUUUCGAGUGCUGUAUUAGAAUCUUGGUGUGGUUGCUAUUGAGUUCUAAGUUUAGCCAUGGAGUUCAGUCUGAUAUUGAUUGCUUGAGGAGCAUAAGGGAGUCUCUCCAGGAUCCUUUCAAUUAUCUCAGUGCGACAUGGAACUUCAACAACAAUACCGAAGGCUUCAUCUGCAAGUUCACUGGAGUAGACUGCUGGCAUCCAGAUGAGAACAAGGUCUUGAACAUUCACCUCUCGGAUAUGGGUCUCAAAGGCGAGUUCCCACGUGGCCUUCAGAACUGCACAAGCAUAACAGGCCUCGAUCUCUCGAGCAACGAGCUUUCGGGACCUAUCCCUGACAACAUAGCUUCAAUCGUUACCUUCGUAACCAGUCUUGACCUCUCUGGAAACAAGUUAACGGGUUCAAUUCCGUCUAACCUUUCGUUUUGCAGUUACUUGAAUGUGCUGAAACUGGACCAUAACCAGCUAACUGGUCAGAUACCUGGAGAGAUAGGCAAUUUGAACCGGCUCAGGACGUUUAGUGUCUCCAAUAACCAACUGUCUGGUCCUGUCCCGAUCUUUCGCAAUGCAUCCAACACCAUUAAUGCAGAUAGUUAUGCGAAUAAUCCAGGCCUUUAUGGGCCUCCUUUGGAACGAUGCCUUGGUGUCACGAAGAAGUCACACUCCGGAGCUAUUAUCGGAGGAGCUAUUGCCGGGGCAACCGUGGUGGCGAUCGGGGUGGUGAUAUGUUUGCUGCUCUAUCUCCGUAAGGCAGGUGUGAUUAAGAGUAAGAAGGAUGAUGAUCCUGAAGGAAAUAAAUGGGCGAGGAGCUUAAAGGGAAUUAAAGGCACAAAGGUUUCCAUGUUUGAGAAAUCAGUCUCCAAGAUGAAACUGAAUGACCUGUUGAAAGCUACUAACAACUUCCACAAGGAAAACAUCAUUGGUUCUGGGAGAACCGGGACUAUGUACAAAGCACUUCUCGAAGACGGGACUGCACUCAUGGUCAAGAGGUUACAGGAUUCUCAGCGCUCCGAGAAAGAAUUUUUGUCAGAAAUGGCUACUCUGGGGAGUGUGAAGCAUCCCAACUUGCUCCCACUUUUAGGAUUCUGCAUAGCCAGCAAGGAAAGGCUUGUUGUGUAUGAGAAUAUGGCAAACGGAAGCCUCUACAACUACUUGCAUAGUGAGGAUGAAAACAGAAAACCAAUGGAGUGGACUCUUAGGCUGAAAAUUGGGACAAGAGCUGCAAAGGGAUUCGCCUGGCUCCAUCAUAACUGCAAUCCACGCAUCCUGCACCGGAACAUCAGCUCCAAAUGCAUCAUGUUGGAUGCCAAGUUCGAGCCAAGGAUAUCUGAUUUCGGUCUUGCGAGAUUGAUGAAUCCGAUCGAUACCCAUUUGAGCACGUUCGUGAAUGGAGAGUUUGGUGACCUGGGUUAUGUGGCACCGGAGUAUGCUCGAACCCUGAGGGCAACCCCUAAGGGAGAUGUGUAUAGUUUUGGGAUAGUCCUCUUGGAGCUGGUGACCGGUGAGAAGCCUACACAUGUGAGCAGAGCCCCAGAGGGUUUCAGAGGGAAUUUGGUUGACUGGGUAGCUGAGCUAUCCGCGAAAGGCCAACUUCAUGGCGCCAUUCAUCAGUCUCUGCUUGGGAAGGGAGUCGAGAAGGAGGUUUUCCAGGUGCUGAAAGUCGCUUGCAACUGUGUGGUGGAAGGUCCCAAAGAGAGGCCUACUAUGUUUGAGGUGUACCAGCUGUUGAGAGCAAUUGGGGAGCAGUAUCAGUUCACGGCGGAGGACGAAGUCACAUUGCCUAUUGACGGUGGUGAUGCUGAUUUCAUCGAGGAAUUGAUCGUUGCUCGGGAAGGGAUCCAGAGUAGUUGAUGCGGGAAGAAGAUUGCAGAGGUAGGUAGGGAAAUUGGAACGAAGCCCACCACAGCUUGUGAUGUAAAUUAGUAUAUGAAAUUGGUGUAUGUUUGAAAUAAAAACUGAUGUUUCGUGUGUAUGAAUUAUUUUCCCAGCACUUUCUUCCUUUACCAUACUUCACCUUUGUAUCGAAAAAGCCAGUAGAGGUACUGUAACCUCAGCCAUUUUCUAGGAAAGCUGGGAUCUUUACCUUACCGUUAAAAGUCGAUAUUGAGUGUACGUGGGCACCGGGUCGUGCCGCCCACGGGCUAGCACGAUAUGUUACGAUUAGAGCACGGGCACGAAAUAAAUGGGCAAGCUCGAU